UUUACCGCCAUUUCAUGACAUUCCUAAAAUUCUAACCUCAAUCCUUACAAAACAUUUCCAACGUAAAAACAUUUAUUAAAAAUGUUCGUAGACUCCUUCUUAUUCACCACAAUACUACUUUUAAGCGUUCUAAAUGCUAUUAUUCCAGAUUUAUCAGCGAAAUAUAUUAAUCCAUUGAUUUUGAAAUACCUGAAUAGUUUAACGCCGAAACAACGUGAAUUACUCGAAGAAAUACGUCAAUUAAAACUGGAACAAUCAAAACUACAAAUAGUAAAUGAUUUCGUAAAACACACAAAGAUCCAAAGAAGAAUCAACAUGCUCAAUAUGCAAUAUUCCGAACUUCAAACUUCUAGUAGCACUCGAAAUAUGAUCGUUAAAGUGGGAUUACCGUAUUUGUUUCGGUUUUUAAUGGGAGUGGCAAUCUUGUGCUUUAUUAUUAUGUAUCGAAACAAUCCUGUGAUGAUUUUGAAUGAAAGCAUUAAUUUUACGCCUUUUGGAAGGAUCAUUUCUUAUCCUAAUACAGAGAUAAAUGCUGUGUCCGUUCAUUUUUGGGUUAUGUGUUGUAGUACUGUUAUUAAAUUAGUUCAAUUGAAAGUGUAAAAGACUUAUUGUUUUGACGGUAUUUUUAAUAAAAUUAAUUUUGAAAUUA